AUGUCAUUCAUUAUAUUGUUUGAGUGCCGUCACGCUAUUCAUUUCAUUCAUUUUUCGUUCGUUCAAUUCAAUUCAAACGAAACGAAACCGCAAUAUAAACGUGAUUUGUGUUGUGAACUUAAUCUUAAUAUCACUAUGGUUUUAAUAAAAAUUACUUCGCUAUUCGCGCUAUUAUUAAGUUUUAUUACUGUUGGUCUUGGUCAACGGACACCAACUAUAUCACACAUCACACAAGAACAGAUUCGAGACAUAGGAGGACAGGUUGAUUUGGAUUGUUCAGUGCAUUAUGCCAAAGAAUAUCCCGUCAUUUGGCAAAAAUAUGACAGGCAAAAGACCGAGUCCGUACCGCUAUCGACCAACGCUGGCCUCAUAGUUAAGGAUUCUAGAUUCUCUCUCAGAUACGAUGAAGCCACUGCGACCUACACUCUGUCGAUAAAGGAUAUCCAAGAGAUAGAUGCUGGUUGGUAUCAGUGCCAAGUACAGAUCUCAGUGGCUAAUAAGAUAUCGGCGGAAGUAGAGCUACAAGUACGCCGGCCACCCAUCAUUUCGGACAACUCGACUAGAUCCAUCGUAGCUAGUGAAGGAGAGAGUGCCCAGCUGGAGUGCUAUUCUGGUGGGUUUCCAGUUCCGAAGAUAUCGUGGAGACGUGAGAACAACGCCAUACUACCCACCGGUGGCUCCAUCUAUAGAGGCAACAUCCUGAAAAUCGCCCAUGUGCACAAAGAGGACCGCGGCACGUACUAUUGCGUAGCUGAAAACGGUGUCGGCAAGGGAGCUCGCAGGAAUGUCAACUUGGAAGUGGAGUUUGCACCUAUCGUCACCGUUCCGAGACCUAGGCUUGGGCAGGCACUACAAUAUGACAUGGAUUUGGAAUGUCACGUGGAAGCGUAUCCUCCGCCAGCCAUCAUAUGGCUGAAAGAUGAAAUCCAACUGUCCAAUAAUCAACACUAUAAAAUAUCGCAUUUCGCAACCGCAGACGAAUUCACAGACACAACAAUCCGCGUGAUCACCAUCGAGAAGAGACAGUACGGCAUGUUCACUUGCAAGGCACAGAACAAACUCGGUUCUGAUGAAGGAAAGGUGGAAUUGUUCGAAACGAUAAUACCGGUGUGCCCGCCUGCUUGUGGUCAAACUCGCUACGGCCGCGGCGCUUCGCUCGCGCCCUCUAGCGCCGUGGUAGCUACAGCGCUCGCUCCGUACGCUGCGUACACUCUACAAAGAAUCGCCAGUACCCGACAUUAACUACCAAGGUCUACGGCUGGACCCCCUCGUUUACGGCGAGCCAAAUAGCGCUGAAACACCAACCAUAUCCUACACAUAUCUAUUUUAUAUAUUUAUAUUACUACAAUAUAUAUAUUAAUUCAUAAUUGACACAGGUCAUUAUGACUGUGUUUUGACGAAAGAAUAACUCUUGCAUGCAAACGCACAAGAAAAUUGAACCUAAUGAUUUUUGUAUUAAAGUUGUUGUUGCAAAAGAGACAAUGUUGUGACAUUUACAUUUCAAUCUUAUUGUAAGGACAAUUCAGUUUAUUUUAAAAAGAUUUAUAGCUGAGAAAGUAAUGAGUUUUGUACACAUUAUCGUAUGUAUAUCUCGGUUUUUUAACAUGAAUUAAUUAAUGAUAUUUAUAAUAUACACUUUACGGAAUUAAAAUCGUCCCUUUUUCUCUCCGGGGGCAAUUCUCAUUGGUAUCAGCUCGUCCCUGAGGGAGAUAGAUGGGUAGUACCGGGCCUUACCCGUCGAAAAACCCUAGGGUUACCCACCCGUCCCUGAGGGAGGUAGACGAGUACUACCGGACCCUAACUGGAUAAAAACACCAGCGUAUCAUUCACUGUCUAUUGCUCGACUUGAAAUAGCCCCAAUUUGUUAGAGAAUGAUAAUUUUUAAAACAGUUUUAACAACUUAGUCGAAAUGUUAAGUAAUUUCUGUUAAGAUCCGACUCAAAUACAUCGAUAAAUAAUAUAGAUUUUGUAAUUCUUACUGUACGUAAUAGAAUAAUACACGCUGUCUUCUUCAAAAGUAUAAAGAGAGAAAAGGACAGCAUACAUGACAAAUUAGGUAGUACGUAAUCUAAAGUGUAAGCCUAACUUUUAUACAAAUAAAGUAAUAAUUCAAAUUUUUGUACGAAUGAAAUUAAUAUCUAUGUGUAGGUUCAUAAGUGUAUGUUUAUUUUAAAAGCGAAUUGCCAAAAUGAAUUUUGACUCCUUGUGAGAAGAGUCAAAAUAGUAUAAAUUGUAAUUUCUUUGUGUGUAAGAAAUUGCUUUUAGCAAAUAAGGGCGUUUUUUGUUAAACAUAUUCUUGCAUUGUUUCUUUAACAUGUCUAGUUGUAUUAUAAACUCGACCAAGAAAAUUGUCUUAUUAGUAUUGUGGAAGGUCUAAACCCCCAUUCUUGAAAACCCCGCUAAACUUAUUUAUUAUUUUUGACGGCUUCGGUGGUCUAGCGGUUUAGGACACCGCUCUACUUCGAAUGGUCGAGGGUUCGAUUCCUUAUACGGUACAAAUGUAUCUUUUAAAACCAGCGGUAUCACCCGUAUGAAAUUUAUUGCCUAUGUGUUAUUCUGAGCUAUAAUAUCACUGUAAAGUUUCAUGAAAGUCCAAACAAUAGUUUUUGCGUUAAAGAGGAACGAUAAUACGACCGUCCAUCCAUACAUCUAUAAUCAGAAACUUUCGCGUCUAUAUUAUUAGUGAAAUGCAAUUUUUUUUAUUAUUUGUUCGUCAUGAUUUUAAUGCAUUUAUGAAAGGUUG